UCUUCCCCUCCCUUCCCUCCCCUUCCCCCCCUCCUCCUUCCCCCUCCCCCCCCCCCGGUACCGACUCACUGUACCCAGGCUGCCACCCUCUCCACCUGUAUAUACAGAGGGAGCGGCAACGGCAUCUUGGCUGCUGCCCCCCCUUUCCCGCUCCGAGUGUGUCUCGGAACCGGUUCGGCUCGUCCCGGGUUGAUGUUGUGAAGCAGGCUUAGGGGGAAGGGAUUUGUCUUGGCCGCUCGCCCCCUGCUCUACAUGUUCGCUGUACUGAGGAGGAGACGGAAGAGGAGCCAGCCCCCCUCCCGGCCUGGAUUAUUGUUGUUACAUUAUCUUCCCUUCUCCUCCUCUUGCUCCGCAGCGGCCUAGCAGUGGCAGCAGCUCCUCUGAGGAGGAAGGGAGCGAAUUUCUUUCCCCCUCUCUUGGAUUCUCGUUGGAUUCAAACGCCGAUUUGCUCAGUGCUUGGGAGAUGGGAAGUAAUGAUAGCUGGCACCUGAAUUAAAAUUUCUGUGUAGGCGCUACCAUCCCAGAACUUCAGGAUGAAUGGGGAUAUGCCUCAUGUUCCCAUCACUACUCUUGCAGGGAUUGCUAGUCUUACAGACCUUUUGAACCAGCUGCCUCUUCCAUCACCCUUACCUGCUACAACAACAAAAAGCCUGCUUUUCAAUGGGCGAAUAGCUGAAGAGGUGAACUGCCUUCUGGCUUGCAGGGAUGAAAAUCUGGUUUCACAGCUCGUCCACAGUCUCAAUCAGGUGUCAACAGAUCACAUAGAACUGAAAGAUAACCUUGGCAGUGAUGAUCCAGAGGGAGAUAUACCAGUCUUGCUUCAGGCUAUCCUGGCAAGGAAUCCUAAUGUUUUCAGGGAGAAAAGCAUGCAAAACAGAUACGGGGCACAAAGUGGGAUGAUGAUGACGCAGUUCAAUAUUUCUCAGAAUUCCAUGCGAGGUAGUCCUGCAUCUUCCAAUUAUCAACAAACUACUAUCUCACAUAGCCCUUCCAGCCGGUUUGUGCCACCACAGACAAGCUCUGGUAACAGAUUUUUGGCACAACAAAACAGUCCAGUGCCUAGUCCAUAUGCUCCUCAAAGUCCUGCAGGAUACAUGCCAUAUUCACAUCCUCCAAAUUACGCACCACAUCCUCAGAUGCAGCAAGCUUCAGUGUCCAAUCCCAUUGUCACAGCUGGGAUGAGGAAUCUCCAUGAAAACAAAGUUUCAAGUCAGUUGUCUGGAAAUUCAGCUAAUCAUCAUGCUGAUAAUUCUAGACAUGGCUCAAAUGAAGACUACCUACAGAUGGUGCACAGGCUAAGUAGUGAUGAUGGUGAUCCUUCAAUAAGGAAUGCUGCAUCUUUUUCCUUGAGGUCACCACAGUCAGUCUGCUCUCCAGCAGGAAGUGACGGAACCCUUAAAGGAUCAAGACAACCUUUAAUCCAACAAUCUCAGCCUCCACCUUAUUCAUCACCUAGAGAUGUUCCCCCAGACAUAUUGUUAGAUUCUCCAGACAAAAAGCAAAAGAAACAAAAGAAAAUGAAGUUAGGCAAGGAUGAAAAAGACCAGACUGAAAAAGCUGCAAUGUAUGAUAUCAUUAGUUCUCCUUCCAAGGACUCCACUAAGCUUACAUUAAGACUCUCUCGUGUAAGAUCUUCGGAUAUGGACCAGCAGGAUGAUAUGCUUUCUGGUUUGGAAAACAGCAGUUUUUCAGAGAGUGAUAAUCCCUUUAACGUGCAGUACCCAGGACAGACUUCUAAAACACCCAUUACUCCACAGGAUGUUAACCGCCCACUAAAUGCUGUUCAGUGUUUGCCGCAGCAUGAACAGACAGCUUUCCUUCAGGCACAACAAGUGCCUGUUUUACAACAGAACACUUCAGUUGCUGCAAAACACCCUCAAACUCCUGUGGUACAGACACAGCAACAGGUUUCGCAACAAGGAACUAUAACGUCAUAUGAUGAAGUAGAAUUGGAUGCAUUGGCUGAAAUUGAGCGGAUAGAACGUGAAUCGGCUAUUGAAAGGGAGCGAUUUUCAAAAGAAGUGCAAGAUAAAGUUUAUACUACGUCUACAAAUUGA